CGCCUCGCGUGUGCACGUGCGUUACCGCGUGCUGCUUCCAACGACGUGAGUGUGUGUGUGAUUGUGCUGCUGCAAUUUGGAUUACAGUGCAGGAGGUGGCCAAGUGUAGCGUGCCCCGCAGUCCGAGACCCAGCGCGAUGGCGUUUCGGCGGGGAGGCGGCUUCCUGGUGCUGGCCGCGCUGCUGGCCGCUGCGCACGCGCGCAUCCUGGACAACGAGGUUCUCGGGGAGCACACCGUGGACGCCGAGGCCCUCAGCAGCAGGGCACUGCCGGCGCCGUCCUGGCGAGCCAUCGUGCGCUGUGCCGUGGCGGCCGCGCCGCUGGACUGCGUGGAGGCGCGCAGCCAGAGCGCCGUGGACGCCAUGCUGGCCCAGAUGUCGGAGGCCAGGGCCGCCGCGGACGACACCGCGCUGGAGCCCGAGGUGGUCGACAAGGUGGCCGAGCUGAGUGAGGUCAUGGUGGCGGCCGCCGCCUCCGUGCUCGAGCAGAAGCUGGGCAUCCGGGACGAGGACUCGCAGGGCCUCGUGGAGGAAGGACGAGGCAAGAAGAAGAAGAAGAAGAUCCACAAGCUGAUCGCGCUGGUGAAGUUGGUGCUGCUGGUGCUCGUGGUGAAGCUCAAGCUGGCCUUCAUCAUGAUGGCCCUGCAGACGCUGUUCCAGUUCAAGCUCGUGGUCAUGGUCUUCCUCAUCCUGCUCACCAAGAAGAUCUCACUGUGGGCGACCCUCAAGGCGUCCAAGAACGCCGACGCGCAGAAGGUCGUCUACUACGAGCACGCCCAGCACCAGCACCACUACGACGACCACGGCGGCUGGGGCGGCGGCGGCGGCCACGACGAGCACGCCGACGCCGGCGCGGGCGGCGGCAGCGGCUGGAACCUCUGGGGCCGCAGCUACGAGACGGCAAAGGGUGUGGACGGCCAGGGCGUCGGCCUCGACGGCCAGGUGCCGGCCGGCAGCCUGGGCAGCCUGGGCGUGCAGAGCGGGGUGUACCGCGCCGCGGACGGCACCAGGAUAGUGGUCCGGCAGCCCGACGCGCACGACAUGGCGUACUCGGCGCAGCGGCCUUGAGGCGCCGUGCGUGCCUUCGCACGCUUCGCACUGGAGUCCACCUUCACGAUGACGUCAUCGCGAGCCUAGGCUACGCUGGACCGGUGAUGACGUCACUGUGAGGCAGUCACUUACAACCGCGCACCGAACAAAGACGAUGCGUCGCGGCGUUGACGCCGCUUUUGUGACUCCCCGCCCCGCCAGGGUGCAUGGUCGAUCUCAGCAUGGCCUUCCCUUCCCCUCCACCACCCUGGUGUGACGUCACGGGUCCGGGAAACUUUUCCAAGGGAGCAGAAACGCGUUUGUGCCAAAUGGGCUAAGAAAUGCACCGGGCGGUGUCUCCGGAAGGGACUUGUGAUUUGGUUCAAAUUUGCUCAAUUCAGAGCUUUGUUUUGUUUUUUAAAAAUGAUGACACCCGUUUUUGAGUGCAUUUAUUAGUCUAAUUGUUAAGAUUAGUAAUUUAUUGUCUGUAGAGUAGAUGUGAAUGUCUAAUUUAUUGUAUGAAUGAUCUUG